GAUCGUCGCGAGUAACGGGUGUAUGUGAAAAGAUCAUGUGAAUGGUUCAAAACAACUUCGUAGUGGUGGUGAAUCAAGGUUGGAAUUUGUGUUAAUAACUGAUAGAUCAUGACGGUUUGAAGUGUUUUUACUUUAGUUUUGUGCAAGUUUUAAUAUAGACAAUGGUUAGUGAUACUUUAUUUUCAAUCAUGGUCGUCGAGCAGCAGCAGGCACAUUAUCGACCCACUAAGAAAUCAACUUAAGGCCAAUCAGAAGUGAUCGUUUGGAACGUUAUUGUUAUUUCCAUUUCCGGUUUUCAUGUCAAGCAGCCUAUAAGUGUUGAACGAAUAUCUGCGUAAGGCAAACCAAUGCGUCAAACAAUUGAAUCGAUAUGUUAGUUAGUGACUAUCUCAUAUAAUUUGUGCAAGUAAUCCGUAAUCAAUAAUACAGUGAUUUGUUAACACCUGAAAGACGAAUCUCAGUGUUUGCGGUAUCUUAAUGGAUGUGAAUAAAAUGCACAACAAUACAGGGACAACGCAUUUUAAAAUGGCAUCAUGCUCGCUAUUGUUGGUUGCAAUACUUAUUCUAGGAAUCAUUGGAAAAACCAUAUCGCAGGAAACGGAAUUUGCACCGCACGUGACCGCAACAUGCAAAUCAGGCACAAUGAAUAUCAAAAUCAUAUUCACUGCCGCAUAUAAUGGAAUAGUUCACGCACGAGAUUUUCGGACACUAUCCUGUAUGGCUUUUGGUAACGGAUCAGCAGCUGUUACUCUCAGCCUAAAUCUGCUUGCCAAGCAAGGCAACAGCGAUUAUUGUGGUAUUCUAGUCAGCAAUGUGCACGGAGGCGAGCGAACGGAAGAACGGUCAGUCCAAUUGGCAGUAAGAGUGCAUAAAACGUUAGAGUUAGCUGAUGAUAAAUUUUAUGUAAUCACUUGUGGUAAAACCGGAUUAGCAAGAGAUGAUAACUCACCAGUUACUCUUAAGUUCUUUGAUAAUGACCGCCGCAUACAAGAAACAGUAUAUGGUCGAAAGUACCACGUUAAAGCUGAAAUCACUCAUCCAAAUGGAACUCAGGGCAUUCGCGUGAGGAACUGCUUUGCAUUCAACAAGAAAAAUAACACUAUUGCUCUAAUCGACGACAGAGGGUGCCCAAUCAUGAAUAGCGGAACAUACAUAAUGACUCGAUUCCAGACAACCACAAACGGGACGACAGCUAUUGCUACGUUAAACUCAAUGUUUCGAUUUCCCGAAGGUUCUGAGGUCCAUUUUCAAUGUGACGUCCUGCAGUGCAACGGAUUAUGUCCAGAGGAGAACAGUAGCAUAUGUACCGAGGAUAUAGCAAAUACAAAAUCAACCCGCACUUUAGGACAGGCAGAGCAGGGAAUACUUCUAGCAGCCACAACAGUCUUUGUGCUUGAUCCAAUUGAUGCCAAAGCCUUAGGACCAUUAUGCGAUGAUGCUGGAAUUCGACCGCACUGGUUGUUAUGGUUAACAAUUGCACUAGCUGUUCUGUUUCUUAUUAUGCUACUUAUGAACAUAUUUUUGUGCACAGCAAUGAGUUGCAGCUGUGCAAGAACUGAGAUAAUUGAAAAAGAACCGUCAAUCAUCGAAGAAUAUGAUCCGUAUAGGAGUUGGCACGGCUCACAGUAUGGUUCCAGAUACUCACUGCAUGGACGCGAUGGAGGCCAUAACAAAGGUUACACUAGUGGAGGUAGCACGAUUCACUCUAACAGAUCGCUACCAAUUGACUCUGAUCACUAUGCAAUUGUACACAGUAGGCCAGGCUCUAGACACUCAGGUCUACACGGUCAUCGCUCUCGAGGACCACCAAGUAACAUGUAAAUUUUUACGCAAAAAAAAUAAACGGCACUCUUCAGUUUCAUAAUAACGCUCAAAAACCAGAAAGCACAUAGCCAAUCAUAAUUUGUAUUAUUUCAUAGCAUUUAAUAUGGAACAUUACAAUUAUGCUGUUUCACGGUAUAUAGCUAUAUCGUCAUACCAGAAAACCUUAGUCGGGUUGUUCCAAAAGCAUAGCUUAAAUAACAUGUAAAUAUUUGUGAAAAAUUUCACUUUAAACAUUUGUCGAACGGAAUUUUUAACUAUGUAAAUUGGCAAAUUUGAAACGAAAGAUUUCAGUACAGUUUUAAUAUACCGAAAGAAACAUAGAAAAACUUAUUAUAUAAAAAUAAUGUGUUACAAUUGAAUAAAGCAAAAAAAUUAACUAUUAAAAAGACAAACGUUUCUCAAUAAUGUAAUAUUUUUAGCUCCUCGUUUUAAAUGCAAAACAAAACAGAUAAGAAAUAUCGAAAGAAACAACUUGUAUCUUCAUGUUGUGUGAUAGGUCCUGGCAUAGUAUUAAACUCAUGUGGUCAUAAUCUGAAAGAAGUAGGGGAAGGGCGGUAAAGACGGACACCUUAAGGUUUAGACUCAAUAUCUACUCAGAUAUAACUGAAUUGAUCGCAAUUUUCAUACAAAGUGAACCUUUAAGUCUCUGUCUAAUAUAGUUACAACGUAUGCUAGAAAAUUUCUUCCAAAAUUUAUACUUUUUUAAUAUUAUAAACAUUAUGUAUAAAUCAGAGUUUUUGCACAUGGGCGGGAAAGACGGACACUCGCAAAAAGGUGUCACGCGUCGUUAAAUUAUCAGAUUAACAUAUUUCAUCAUGUAUUUAGGAAAGAAUCGGCUUGGGAAAACCCCUGAACAGGCGAGGUCCUAUAGCGACAAUGAACAAGCGUAAGUGCGCGGUUCGGAUCGAAGAAAGAAAAUGAUCCGUACGGUUUGAUCGAUUUAUUUAUACUAACUUAGCUAACAAUUACUUCUUUCCUUUAUAUCACUUGCAAGUGGAACCGAAAAUACCCUAUAAAGAUAAAAAAAAUGAUGAUAACAAUUGAUAUGUGUUUAUAUAAGAUAUGGAAGAUAUUGACCUCAAAGCAAAAACAAAUGAUGUAUAAUCAAAUUGAAUUUUAUAUAUUGCCAUCUGAGAGAUGGUCAUUAGAUUCCAUCACAACGGAAAUAAAACGGUUCCCUGCAAUAUUCCAAUUGGUGACGAACUAAUCAUUUCUAAAAGUUGACCUAUUCCAACUGUUAUAUGACUUGUAAGUAUUUGCAAUGUUAAAUCGUUGUUGGGCAAAAGGAGUUUUAAAUCUUUGCGUCCGUCUUUCCCUACCUUAGGGUGUCCGUCUUUCCCGACUUGGAUACCAUUUUUUCAAACUUCAAUAACUUUUUACUGAAUAUUCAAAAAUUCACCAGGCUUCCAAUGGAUAUUCAGUGAAAAUUCAAACUAACGCAAUGUCGUCGAUGUAGCAUGAAAAUAAUGUUUUUUAAAGACUUACCAGCUAAUUUCUUCACACCUAAAAUUACAUCGGUUAGUGUAUCUACGCAUGUUUUCUUUGUUUCAGCAGUUUAAUUCAAAAGUAUUCAUUCAGUAUAUAAAAACAUUUCCCAUCAUUGAUUUACUUCAAACAAGUGUCCGUCUUUCCCGCUGGGUCUGUCCUUACCGCCCUUCCCCUAUAGUAAGAGGUAAAGAAGACACAGUUAGGAAAGUUAAUAUGAUCAAACACAUUAGAGAUUGUUUCAUUUCGAUUUUGUUAUUUUUAUAAUUUCAGUUAACCAUUUCGUAUUAAUCCGCUAGUUUAACUGCGAAAAAAAAUAUAUUUGGAAAUGCCAGAAAUCUAAUGUAUGUUAUUACACUUUCUUCACAAAUUAUUUUGUAUAUUUCAACUAGCAAAAAGAAAAUAAAACAAAUUGAACU